AUGAGAAAGCCAUUUGCAGAAAGCAUGCAGCUAUUAGAUGAAGUCUCAAAGAACAACAAAGCAUGGUACACUAGAGAUGCAGAGGUAGGAGAGCUUGGGUAUACAUUUGAGCGUUCAACUAAACAGAGGAAGAAUGGAUCACUACCAAGUGAUACCAUUCAAAAUCCCAAGAAUGAUGGACAUUGCAUGGUCAUUGCCACCAGGAGUGGUAAAGUUCUUUCUGACCCUAUUUCUACAGGUAGCAAGUAUGAACAGGUCUUGGAGCUAGCUAGCAGAGAGGAGGAUGAGAAUAUACAGGUAGAUGAGAUGGUGGAGGCUACAACCUUCAAGAGGAAAAGAGAAAGAGCUCUAGAACAGAUGCCAGGAUACGCCAAGUUCAUGAAAGACUUGGUUACCAAGAAAAGAGCUAAAAAGGAGGAUCCAGGUGCAUUCACAAUAUCAUGCACCAUUGGGUCAAUCAAGUUUGCAAAAGCUUUAUGCGAUCUGGGAGCUAGCAUAAAUCUGAUGCCUUUAGCCAUUUAUAAAAAGUUAGGUUUGGGAGUACCAAAACCUACAACAAUGAGGUUGAUGAUGGCUGAUAGGUCAAUGAAACAACCACGAGAUAUGAAUGUGAUAUCUACAAUAGAGAUGGUCACUGAUGAAGCCAUGAUGGUACCUAUAGAAGAGAGAAUGGCUGUUGAAACAUUAGCAUCAGUACUGAUGAACUUUGAUGCGGAUUUCUGGUCUGACUAUGUAGCGACCGUGAAUGCCUUGCAGGGUAUGGGAGCACAUUUGUAUGCUCCAAAGAAAUUGGACUUGGACGUGAAAAAUAGGCCAAGUCCUCCAGCGAAACCAUCCAUUGAGGAGCCACCAGUGUUAGAGCUGAAAUAG